AUGGGUCAAAAUACAACUGGAGAAGUUGAGGAGUUUCAAGUAGGAGUGGUUAUUGAUGCGAAUACAUCUGUGGCAAAGGUGUGGCUGACUUGCAUGGACAUGGCUCUCUCAGACUUCUAUGCAUCUCAUAAAAAUUACAAGACAAGGCUGGUUCUCCAUGUUAUGGAUUCUAAAAAUGAUGUUCUUGAUGCAUCAUCUGCAGCUCUCCAUCUAAUACAGAAUGUUAAAGUCCAAGCUAUAAUAGGACCGACAACAUCAGCACAAGCCAUUAACGUUGCGCAUCUUGGAAAACGAUAUCAAGUUCCAAUUAUUUCAUUCAGUGCAACAAGUCCUUCCAUUUCCCUUGCUCAGAAUCCUUACUUCAUUCGCACGUCUAUAAACGGAUCGUCUCAAGUAAAUGCUAUUGCUGCCAUUGUUAAGAAAUUCGGUUGGAGAGAAGUUGUACCUCUUUAUGAAGACACUGAAUAUGGGCAUGGUGUCAUUCCAUAUUUGAUGGAUGCUUUUCAAAAUAUCAACACCAGAGUUCCUUAUAGGAGUGUCUUUCCUAGUGCGGCUACUGAUGAUCAAAUUACCCAAGAGCUUAACAAAUUAGGCAAAAUGCGAACAAGGGUACUCAUCCUGCAUAUGCUUUCACCUCUAGGAUUACGUGUUUUUAAGAAAGCAAAAGUGCUUGGUAUGAUGAACAAAGGGUACGCAUGGAUUAUUACCUCAGGAUUAGGCACUGAUUUGAAUUCGUUCGAGCCUUCAGAUAUUGAAACGAUGCAAGGAGUGUUAGGCAUAAGGCCAUAUAUCUCACAACACAAGGAGGUUGCUGCAUUUGAAGGUAGAUGGAAAAUCAAGUUUCGAAAAGAGUACCCAGAUAUCGAAAGGAAGUUAGAUAUUUUAGGUAUAUGGGCAUAUGAUACAACUUGGGCAAUGGCGAGUGCAGUUGAGAAACCAUCAAACUCAAGCGAUAUUUUAAGAAUGGGUCCUCAACUGUUGCAAGAUUUAUCAAACUUCAAAUUCGAAGGUCUAAGCGGGGAAUUCCAGCUAGUCGAUAGGCAAUUACAAUCAGAUGCCUUUCAAAUACUUAAUAUCUGUGGAAGUGGGUUUCGAGAUAUUGGUAUUUGGAAACCUUCAGAUGGUACAAAUAAGCUUAAUCUACAACCUGUCAUAUGGCCCGGGGAUGCCAAGGAUAAACCUAAAGGUUGGGAAAUUCCACUCAAGGAUAGAAAGUUAAGGAUUGGAGUGCCUAUAAAAGAUGGUUUUAAUGAAUUCGUGAAGACAACAAAUAUUUCUUGCAAUGGGACGAAAUAUGAUGUCACUGGUUAUUGCAUAGAUGUCUUUACUGCGGCAAUCGAGAUGCUACCGUAUUGUGUACCCCAUGAAUUUAUUCCUUAUAAGAAAAACGAAAGCGGAAAAGCUGGAAGCUAUUACGAUGAUCUUGUACACCAGGUGGAGGUUCAGAAAUUUGAUGUUGCAGUUGGGGAUGUUACUAUUACAGCAACUCGAUCACGACAUGUAGAUUUUACGCUACCGUAUACAGAAGGUGGGGUAUCAAUGAUUGUUUUAGUGAAAAAGGAUUUGAGUAAGGAUACUUGGUUGGUGUUGUGA